ACAUAGCAUUUCAUUAAAACAACAUUGUCUACUUAGCAGAAGUACGUAUUUACUGCCAAAAAAACAAUUAUUCAUAUUUUAUCAUAAUUUUACGUAUGACAUUCGCACCUAUCAUCAUUUUAUCAAUACCAUACGAUUUAAUCACAGAUUUCCCGAGAGUAUUUAAACCAAAAUCACCCGUGCUAAUUGGUGAUAAUAUUAAAAAAUGCGUUCCAUAUUCAUUCUCGCGUUAAGCCUCACAGCUUUUACGGCCAUCUCUGCGGCCCCGUCUCUGAGGAUCGUUGGAGGUAGUACAACGACGAUAAAUCGGUACCCAACAAUAGCUGCCCUGCUUAUGACCAGGAACUGGAGUACUUGGUCCCAGAAUUGCGGAAGCUCUAUUCUCAACAACCGAUCCGUUUUGACCGCAGCACACUGUAUCAUCGACGACGCAGUUGGCGUCUGGCGAGUUCGAGUCGGUUCAACUUGGGGCAACAGUGGCGGCGUGGUGCAUCACGUGAACAGACACAUAAUACACCCAAACUACGGCAGAUGGUCUCGUGACAAUGAUAUUGCGAUCAUGCGUACUUCAAGCAACAUCAACUACGUGAACAAUGCUGUGCAACCGGCCCGCAUUCCUGGAUCAAACUACAACCUGGGCGACAACCAGGUGGUUUGGGCGGCUGGCUGGGGAGUCACUCGGUUCGGCGGCUCACUCUCUGAGCAACUUCGUCACGUCCAAGUCUGGGUCGUAAACCAAAGCGUCUGCAGGUCUCGGUAUGGUGGUAAUACCAUCACAAACAACAUGCUUUGCGCUGGCUGGCUGGACGUUGGCGGUCGCGACUCAUGCACCGGUGACUCUGGAGGUCCGCUUUAUCACAACAACGUGGUCGUUGGUGUGAGCUCUUUCGGAAAUAACUGCGGUCAUGCCCGCUACCCUGGCGUCUACGCUCGCGUAUCCCGGUACACUUCAUGGAUUCAAAGCAACUCUUAAUUCAAUUUAUUAUAUUACUUUCUGUCAUAAAAUAAAUCAUAUAAGCUGAGGA